GAAACAUUAGAUUUUUGACUUUUCUUCUUCUUCUACUUCUCUCUUCAUUAAGACCAAAACCUUUUUUUGCUCCUCUUCAUGCAUGAACCCUAACUAAGUUCUUCUUAUUCCUCUCCUCUCAUCUCCCACAAGGUCACUUUUAGAUCAUUCUAUGAACUCGAUGAAUAAUAACUGGUUAGGUUUCUCUCUCUCUCCUUAUGAUCAAAAUCACAACCGCACGGACGUCGACUCUUCCACCACCACAACCGCCGUAGAUGUCGCCGGAGAGUAUUGUUUCGAUCUGACCGUUGCCUCCGAAGAGUCUUCAGCCGUUCAAACAUCGUUUCCUUCUCCCUUUGGUGUCGUCCUCGAUGCCUUCACCAGAGACAACAAUAGUCACUCCCGAGAUUGGGACAUCAAUGGUGGUGCAUGCAAUACCAUCUACAAUAAUGACCAAAAUGGACCCAAGCUUGAGAAUUUCCUCGGCCGCACCACCACGAUUUACAAUACCAACGACAACGGUGGUGAUGGAAGUAGUGGUUGUGGAGGAGACGGUGGUGAUAGUGGCUCACUAGGCCUUUCGAUGAUAAAGACAUGGCUGAGGAAUCAUCCGGUCGACAGUACUGAGCAUCAAGACAAUGGUAAUGGUGCAAGAGGCUUGUCACUCUCUAUGAAUUCCUCUACUACUUGUGAUAGCAACAACAAUAACCACGAUAAUAGUGUCGUUGUCCAAGAGAAGACCGUUGUUGAUGUUGUAGAAGCCGCACCGAAAAAAACUAUUGAGAGUUUUGGACAAAGGACGUCUAUAUACCGCGGUGUUACAAGGCAUCGGUGGACAGGAAGAUAUGAGGCACAUUUAUGGGAUAAUAGUUGCAAAAGAGAAGGUCAAACUCGCAAAGGAAGACAAGUUAAUCUGUUAUCUGAUAACGCAGGAGGUUAUGACAAAGAAGAUAAAGCAGCUAGGGCUUACGAUUUAGCCGCACUUAAGUAUUGGGGAACUACUACCACAACUAACUUCCCUAUGUGUGAUUAUGAGAAAGAGGUGGAAGAGAUGAAGCACAUGACGAGACAAGAAUACGUUGCCUCUCUGCGCAGGAAAAGUAGUGGUUUCUCUCGUGGUGCAUCAAUUUAUCGAGGCGUAACAAGGCAUCACCAACAUGGAAGAUGGCAAGCUAGAAUCGGAAGAGUCGCCGGUAACAAAGACCUCUACUUGGGAACUUUUGGAACACAAGAAGAGGCUGCGGAGGCAUACGACAUCGCAGCCAUUAAAUUCAGAGGAUUAAGCGCAGUGACUAACUUCGACAUGAGCAGAUACAACGUCAAAGCAAUCCUCGAUAGCCCGAGUCUUCCUAUCGGUAGCGCCGCGAAACGUCUCAAGGAUGCUAACAAUCCGGUUCCAAGUAUGAUGGCGAGUAGUAACGUUUUAGCGAGUGAAAACAAUGCUAGCAGUUGGCAAAACGCUGCGCUUCAGCAUCAUCAGGGGAUAGAUUUGAGCUUAUUGCAGCAACAUCAAGAGAGGUACAAUGGUUACUACAAUGGAGGAAACUUGUCUUCGGAGAAUGCUAGGGCUUGUUUUAAACAAGAGGAGGAUCAGCAACAUUUCUUGAGCAACUCGCCGAGCCUCAUGAGUAAUAUCGAUCAUCAUAGUUCUGCGUCGGAUGAUUCGGUUACUGUUUGUGGAAAUGUCCUUGGUUAUGGUGGUUAUCACGGAUUUGCAGUCCCGGUUGGUACAUCGGUUAAUUCUAAUGCCUUCGUUGCUGCUGAGAUUGCUUACAACGCAAGAAACCAUUAUUAUUUUGCCCAGCAACAGCAGCAGAUUCAGCAGCAGUCGCCGGAAGGUGAUUUUCCGGUGGCGAUGUCGAAUAAUGUUGGCUCUAAUAUGUACUAUCAUGGGGAAGGUGGUGGAGAAGGGGCUUCAACGUUUACAGUUUGGAACGACACUUAGAAAAAUAAUUUAAAGUCCUUUUGUUGUUUUGCUUUGUGUGUUGUGAACAGUUUGAUUCUGUUUUUUUCUUUCUCUCUCUUAUUUUUACUUUUUUGGGGGUAAGUUUCUUAUGACUUAUUUUAGUAGUUUUGAUUAUUUGGGUAAAACUUUCAGAUUUAAGGAUCAGUUAUUUUCUUUUUU